UGUCAUGUAACUAGAUCGCGUGUUGGCCGCACAGAGUUGCUGCCUGGGGCUGCUUGGCAGCUUUUCUGUAGUACUGGGAUAAUCAGGGAAGGCCGGGACUAGCCGCAACCGGAGACUAUGUAGUCCGUGUGCUACUGAGAUCUCAUCCUACAUGAUCUGAGCUCUCUCUGCAGGAGGAGACCUCCCUUCCCCCGGCUACUUGUCGGGAGCAGGCUGCACUGAGGACAGGAAGGAGGAGGAGGAGGGGAGAAGCCAUGGAAGGGACCCCAGCCCUGGAGAAGAAUGUGGCCGAGCUGACGGUCAUGGAUGUGUAUGACAUCGCCUCUGCGGUGGGGCAGGAGUUUGAGAGGGUCAUAGACCAGUACGGCUGCGAGGCCAUAAGCCGGCUGAUGCCCAAAGUGGUCCGGGUACUGGAGAUCCUGGAGGUCAUGGUCAGCAGGAACAACAUUAACCCAGAGAUGGAAGAGCUGAGGCUGGAGCUGGACAGGCUGAGAGUAGAGCGGAUGGACAGGAUAGAGAAGGAGAAGAAGCACCAGAAGGAGCUAGAACUGGUAGAGGAUGUUUGGAGAGGGGAAGCACAGGAUCUCCUUGGCCAAAUAGCCCAACUGCAGGAGGAAAACAAACAACUUCUAUCAAAUCUGUCUCUGAAGGAUGUCAAUUUAACAGAGGAAGAAUUUCAGAAGCAUGAAGGGAUGUCAGAAAGAGAAAGGCAAGUAAUGAAAAAGUUGAAGGAGGUGGUAGAUAAGCAGAGAGAUGAAAUAAGAGCCAAAGACAGAGAACUUGUACUUAAGAAUGAGGAUGUGGAAGCGUUACAGCAGCAGCAGAAUCGCCUCAUGAAGAUUAAUCAUGACCUGCGACAUCGCAUUACAGUGGUGGAGGCGCAGGGGAAAUCGCUGAUUGAACAGAAGGUGGAGCUGGAGGCAUACCUGCAGACCAAGGAACAGGAGUUCGGUAACAUGAGAUCAGAAAUUGGGAAACUGAGAGAAAGAUUGAAAGGAGAGCAGCUGCAAAAUGGUGAAGAGAAAACGGAGAAGACUGAAGCCAUAAGUGAAGAUUAUAUUUUUGACUCAGAGAAAAUGUCUAUUGACCUCAAAGAUUCAAGUCGGCCCAGGUUUACACUGCAAGAACUGCGAGACGUCUUGCACGAGAGAAACGAGCUGAAAGCCAAAGUCUUUAUGCUGCAGGAAGAGAUUGCUUAUUAUAAAAGUGAUGAAGCAGAUGAGGAAAAUAAACUUCCAAAUCCGUCACCUAUGAUUACGCCCAAAGCACCCAAUCCCCAGGAAUCUGGUAUCAAGAGGCUUGAUGACAUCCACACAGCAUACAGUUAUUUGCUUAUAUUCACAUCAUGGCUAUUCUGUCUCCUCUCCAUGGUGGCGUUUUCCAGGUUUAGUUUUUUCUCAAGGGACAAGAAACGGAUGCCCAUGCAGCAGAAAAACGUCACCUUACAGGAAUCCUUUGGUGUCUGGGCAGAUUACAAUAGAGACGAUAGUUACACAGAACAGGGACAAGAAGCUUUACAGCACAUGUGACUGAACCAGUGUGGCAGUGUGUGUGUGUGUGCGCGCGCGUGCGUGCGCGCAUUCCCAGCAGCUGGUGUUUGUUUUGCCUUACAUGCCUGAAAUCAUUUCACCUUGCAGUAACCACACAUAACACGCUGGGCAAGGUUACAUGUUUACCAGGGAAUAAAAAAGAAGAAAAUUGCUCUUUGCAUGCUGCAGAGAGAAAAAAAUAACUUUUUAGGAAUUUAACACAAAAUACUUUUUAGUGGCACUAUUUUAUACCAGGAGAGCAGGACAAAGUGGUGAUCCAGUGCCUAUGUAUGCCACCAACACGCUGUUUAGGUAUUGUAUAUGCUUGUCAAUAUGGAAGCUGCAGUAGAUGGUUCUUAGUCUGGUGUGAGAUCCUUGAGCAAUAGAACACUGACACUAAGAGACACUGGGGUUUCCACUGAAAAGAAAGUGAACGCCACUAUUUACAAAUAACAACUGGCAGAUAUUAGUCAUAUUACUGUGUAACUUAAAGCCAUGUGAAUUAGUGUGUGGUAACAGGUAUUUAUCUGAGGGUGCUACAGAAGAUUGUGGUGCCCUAAAAAUAAAAUGAUUAAUACACAACUUUUAUAAAAUGUGGAAAUUAAAAAGGAAAAUGGACACUACAAAUAA